CUUCCGUCUCUGGGACGCCGGCUGCUGCUGCUGAACGUGGGAUUGCCGGGGAGGUCUGUGAGGUUUCACACCCGAGUGUUGCCGGUGAGCCGUUCCGUUUAGCCUGGGAAGAACACGUGCUUCGGAGUGAGGAUGCCGCCCAAAAAGUCAGACGAUGGACCAAAGCAGCAUCCAAUCAUUGGAAGAUUUGGGACCUCUUUGAAGAUUGGAAUUGUUGGAUUGCCAAAUGUAGGGAAAUCAACUUUUUUUAAUGUGUUGACUAAGAGCCAGGCGGCGGCUGAAAACUUUCCUUUUUGCACCAUUAAUCCAAAUGAAAGCAGAGUACCGAUUCCAGAUGACCGGUAUGACUUCUUGUGUCAGUACCACAAGCCAGCAAGCAAAGUACCAGCCUUUCUGAAUGUGGUGGAUAUAGCCGGUCUCGUGAAGGGAGCCAGCGCAGGACAAGGUCUGGGGAACGCUUUCUUGUCGCACAUCAGUGCUUGCGAUGGAAUCUUUCAUCUCAUGCGCUCUUUUGACGACGAUGACAUCAUUCAUGUUGAGGGAAGUGUCAAUCCUGUCCGUGACAUUGAGAUCAUUCAUGAGGAACUCCGCUUGAAGGAUGAGGAAAUGAUCACCGCAGCCAUUGAGAAGCUUGAAAAAGUUGCAGUGAGAGGAGGAGACAAAAAGUUAAAACCAGAAUAUGAUAUAAUGUGCAAAGUCAAAAACUGGGUUAUAGAUGAGAAGAAUCAUGUCCGUUAUUACCACGACUGGAACGACAAGGAGAUUGAAGUGUUAAAUAAAUACUUGCUUCUGACCUCCAAGCCAAUGAUUUACCUGGUCAACCUCUCAGAGAAGGACUACAUCCGCAAGAAAAAUAAGUGGUUGAUAAAAAUUAAAGAGUGGGUGGACAAGCAUGACCCGGGGGCCUUGGUCAUUCCUUUUAGCGGAGCCUUGGAACUCCAGCUGCAAGACAUGAGUGAUGAGGAGAAGCAGAAGUAUCUGCAGGAGAAAGUGACACAAAGCGCCUUAUCCAAGAUUAUUAAAACUGGAUACGCAGCACUUCAGCUCGAAUACUUCUUCACCGCGGGCCCCGACGAAGUACGCGCAUGGACCAUCAAGAAAGGGACAAAGGCUCCUCAGGCGGCAGGGAAAAUUCACACGGAUUUCGAGAAGGGUUUCAUUAUGGCGGAGGUAAUGAAAUUUGAUGAUUUCAAGGAAGAAGGCUCCGAAACAGCCGCCAAGGCUGCUGGGAAAUACAGACAGCAAGGAAGAAAUUACAUCGUAGAAGAUGGAGACAUUAUAUUCUUUAAAUUUAAUACACCUCAACAACCAAAAAAGAAAUAAUUUUAAUGUUUGGCAGAGAAGCAUUUUUUUUAAUAAUUAUUAUUAAAACAGAUUAUUCUGUUACAAAAAAAAAAUAAAAAAAUAGCAGACCGGGAAACCUUUUCUCUCCUUCCCCCAGCCAAAUAAAUACUGUUUGUUUUGAAAUGAAAUGUCACCUCGCGUGAAAAUACAAGUUCAGUAAACGUGCUUUUCAAAUGAUUAAGAUCCUACUUCAAAUCAUAGAUGCCUUUCAGGAGUCGCUACUCUCAUGAUACUUCAUUAAUCUCCAUCAUGUAUGCCAAGGCUGACACAUCUGACAGGGAGGACAAUGUGGCUUGCUUCUUUUUGAAUCUACAGAUAAUGCAUGUUUUACAGUACUCCAGAUGUCUACACUCAAUAAAACAUUUGACAAAA